CAGCAGACUGGUAUUGAGAAAACAAGGAAGAUAUUAAAAAAUAGAAUUAAAUACCUCGCACAAAAACCUGGAGAAAAAAUCGACUCAUACGCUACAAAAUUCAAACGACUUUUGCAUAGAGUUGAAACUAGUGGAAAGCUAUCUACCCCAUAUGUUGUACAAAUGUUCCUUGAAGGAUUAAAUGGAAAAAUGGCAACAAAAGUUGAAGCCGGCGAAUAUUAUGGCCAACAAAUGCCGCAACAAUCCCAAAGAACUACAAGUGAUAUGGAAACCCUAAUAAAGGCAAUAAAUGAAAUGUCUAUUAACUAUGCAAAUAUAGUAACAUCGGCUACACAACAAAGAAAUUGGAAUCAAAGAAAAGCUUAUCAGCCCAAUCAAAGGCAUCAAAGCAACCACCGUCCACGAAACCCCGACAUUGUAUGCUUCAACUGCAAUAAGAAAGGCCAUAUUGCACGAAAUUGCACCCUCCCUAAAAAUAAUCAAGCACAAAAAUAUGAAUAUAACGAGAAUUCUCAACCCAAGAAAGUUAAUUAUUGUGAAGCAACUGAAGAAAUCGACGAUAACGACGUAUGGGUAGAAGAACUAUAUAAUAUAGACCAACUAAUUACUGAAAAACGAAGAG